AAACACGAAAAAACAAAAUAACAAAACAAAAAAAACAUUUAGAGAAUCAAAUGUGACAAAGACAAAUACAAAGGAGGAAACAGAAGCAUGGAGAAUUCUCCUCGUUGUUUGGUUUCUCUUCUUUCAAUCCUACUCUUGUCUGGAUCCGCCUCGUCUCUCCACAUCUCUCUUGAUGAAUUUGAGUCACACCCAGCCACAAGCCGAGGUCUUCUUCAGGCAAAAACACCAUGCAAAGAAGAUUUUGCGAACAAGAAUUACACAAUCAUAACGAGUAAAUGCAAAGGUCCAAAUUAUCCAGCCAAGGCAUGUUGCUCCGCCUUCAAGGACUUUGCUUGCCCAUUCGCGGAAGCUCUUAACGAUGACAAGACAGAAUGUGCCUCUACAAUGUUCAGUUACAUCAAUAUAUACGGUCGUUAUCCUCCGGGAAUAUUCGCAAACAUGUGCAAAGAAGGCAAAGAAGGGCUCGAUUGUACCGACGUCAUGACCGCCACAUCAUCUUCUUAUGCAGCGAUCCCUCUUGUCUCCACACACGCAUUGCUUUUCACCGUUCUCUUGUUUUGCCUCCUCUAAAGACUUUUCCUAUAUAUGAAUUACCACAUGAGAUAUAUUAUAUAUGAACAUUUCGUUGUUAAUUAGUUGGUGAGCCACCCCGUUAAUUCUUUCAUGCAAAGUCAUUGAUGUACAUUUUUCGAUUUUGUUUUAGGCUCUCGUGAACUAUUUGUUUUUGUUUUUUCUUA